AUCUCAGCCUCAAGGUCAGCGCUGAAGUGACCAAGCCCACCUACGGGUGCCAGGUGACCAUCCAAUCAGAGCAGGAGAAACAAAUGCUAAAGAUGUAUCGAAGGGAGGAGAAGAAAGAGAGGAAGAGAUUCAAAGGAGGCGAUGAGGGUGACUCUACGGAUGCUCUCCUGACCUUUGACCCCAGAGAGAUGAGAGCCCAGCGAGAGCAGGCCCUGCUGACUGCCCGCCACGAACCUGUGCUGAGCAGAGACAGGGUCUACGAGCGGAUCCGAUAUCCCAACGUCUACGACAACCUCGCAGAGGCCACGAAGACGGCUGCGUUUGUGGGAGGAGCCAGGAUGCUGCUGCCCGAGGGAAUCCGCAGAGAAAACUGUAAGAUGUACGAAGAAGUGGAGAUCCCACCCAAUGAGCCCAUGCCUGUUGGGUUUGAAGAAAAGCCCGUCUACAUCUCUGAAAUAGACGAGAUUGGGCAGCUGGUGUUCAAGGGCAUGAAGCGCCUGAACAGGAUUCAGUCCAUAGUGUUCGAGACGGCCUACAACACCAAUGAGAACCUCCUGAUCUGUGCUCCAACCGGUGCUGGCAAGACCAACAUCGCCAUGCUGACAGUUCUCCAUGAAAUCCGUCAGCACUUGCAGCCCGGUGGCGUCAUUAAGAAAGAUGAAUUCAAGAUCGUAUAUGUGGCUCCCAUGAAAGCCUUGGCGGCUGAGAUGACGAACUACUUUGGUAAGCGGCUGGAGCCACUGGGCAUCACUGUGAAAGAACUCACUGGAGACAUGCAGCUUACCAAAGGAGAGAUCCUUCGAACACAGAUGUUGGUGACGACUCCGGAGAAGUGGGACGUUGUGACCAGGAAGAGUGUUGGCGAUGUGGCUCUGUCACAGAUUGUGCGGCUCCUCAUCUUGGAUGAAGUCCAUCUAUUGCAUGAAGAUCGAGGCCCGGUUCUUGAGAGUCUGGUGGCCCGGACCAUCAGACAGGUGGAGUCCACCCAGAGCAUGAUCAGGAUUCUGGGACUGUCUGCUACCCUGCCUAACUAUCUGGAUGUGGCCACCUUCCUACAUGUCAACCCAUAUAUUGGUCUCUUCUUCUUCGACGGUCGCUUCAGACCAGUGCCUCUGGGACAGACCUUUGUUGGCAUCAAAACCAACAACAAGAUCCAGCAGAUCCAUGACAUGGAGGAGGUUUGUUAUGACAAAGUUCUGGAACAGGUGAAGGCAGGUCACCAGGUGAUGGUGUUUGUCCAUGCUCGUAAUGCCACAGUGAGGACGGCCAUGGGGCUCAUCGAGAUGGCGAAGAACCGUGGAGAGAUUUGUUUCUUUCAACCAGACCAAGGGUCAGACUACGGCCAGUGUGAGAAACAGAUCCAGCGCUCCAGGAACAAGCAGAUGAAAGAAAUGUUUCCUGAAGGUUUUGGCAUCCACCACGCUGGCAUGCUGCGCUCUGACCGCAGCCUGAUGGAGAGCAUGUUCUCCAGAGGCCACCUCAAGGUCCUGGUCUGUACCGCCACCUUGGCCUGGGGAGUGAACCUGCCGGCUCACGCUGUCAUCAUCAAGGGUACCCAAAUUUACGAUGCCAAGCGCGGCGCCGUGGUGGAUCUGGGCAUCCUGGACGUCAUGCAGAUUUUUGGAAGAGCAGGUCGUCCGCAGUUUGAUAAGUAUGGUGAGGGAACCAUCAUCACCACCCACGACAAGCUGAGCCAUUACCUGACCCUGCUCACCCAGCAGAACGCCAUAGAGAGUCGGUUCCUGGACAGCCUGGCCGAUAACCUCAACGCUGAGAUUGCUCUGGGAACGGUCACCAACGUGGAGGAGGCUGUGAAGUGGCUCAGCUACACCUACCUUUAUGUUCGCAUGAGGGCCAACCCGCUGGUGUACGGCAUCAACCACAAAGCCUCUCAGAUGGAUCCAGCUUUGGAGCUGUACAGGAAGGAUCUGGUGGUGGAGUCGGGCAGGAAGCUGGAUAAGGCCAGGAUGAUCCGCUUCGACGAGCGCACCGGCUACUUCGCCUCCACAGACCUGGGCAGGACUGCGAGCCACUUCUACAUCAAAUAUAACACCAUAGAGACGUUCAAUGAGCAUUUCAACCCUCAGGGAACAGAAGCCGACAUCCUCAGCAUCGUCUCCAAAGCUGAGGAGUUUGAACAACUCAAGGUUCGAGAGGAGGAGAUGGAGGAGCUGGAGCAGAUGCUGUGUAGCUACUGUCAGCUUCCAGCUGCAGGAGGUGUGGAGAACGGCUACGGCAAGGUCAACAUCCUGCUGCAGACGUACAUCGGCCGAGGAGAAGUGGACAGCUUCUCGCUCAUCUCGGACCUGUCCUAUGUUGCACAGAACGCCGCUCGGAUCGUGAGGGCCUUGUUUGAGAUCGCUUUGAGGAAGCGCUGGCCGCUUAUGACCCGUCGACUGCUCACCCUGUGCAAGGUGAUCGACAAGCGGCUGUGGGACUCUGCCCACCCCCUCCGGCAGUUCCCCAACCUGAGCCCCGUCGUGCUGAACCGCUUGGAGGAGAAGAAGCUGACUGUGGACAAACUGAAGGAGAUGAGGAAGGAUGACAUUGGUCACAUGCUGCACCACGUCAACAUCGGGUUAACGGUCAAACAGUGUGUCCACCAGAUCCCCUCGAUCUCAAUGGAGGCCACCAUCCAGCCAAUCACACGCACCGUGCUGCGUGUUCGUCUCAUCGUCACGCCUGAUUUUCGCUGGAAUGACCAGGUCCAUGGAUCAGUGGGUGAGCCCUGGUGGUUGUGGGUGGAAGAUGCCAUGAAUGAUCACAUCUACCACUCUGAGUACUUCCUGCUGCAGAAGAAACAGGUGGUGUCAGGAGAGCCUCAGCACAUCGUGUUCACCAUUCCCAUCUUUGAGCCGUUGCCCUCACAGUACUACAUCAGGGCCGUCUCUGACCGAUGGCUCGGUGCUGAAGCUGUCUGCAUUAUCAACUUCCAGGACCUGAUCUUACCAGAGCGACACCCCCCACACACUGAGCUACUAGACCUCCAGCCGUUGCCAGUGACUGCUCUGGGUAACCGAGAGUACGAGAGCCUUUACAAGUUCACUCACUUCAACCCCAUCCAGACCCAAAUCUUCCACACACUGUACCACACCGACACCAACGUGUUGCUGGGAGCGCCGACGGGCUCUGGAAAAACCAUCGCAGCAGAGAUGGCCAUGUUCCGGGUCUUCAACAAGUAUCCGUCCUCCAAGGUCGUGUAUAUUGCCCCUUUGAAGGCCCUGGUGAGGGAGCGCAUUGAGGACUGGAAGGUCAGGAUUGAAGAGAAACUUGGAAAAAACGUGGUGGAGCUGACCGGGGACGUGACUCCAGACAUGAGAGCCAUAGCAAAAGCUGACCUGAUCGUCACCACGCCCGAAAAGUGGGAUGGAGUCAGCAGGAGUUGGCAGAAUCGAAGCUACGUCCAGAAAGUAGCGAUUCUCAUUAUCGAUGAGAUCCACCUGCUGGGUGAGGACAGAGGUCCAGUCCUCGAGGUCAUUGUGUCCAGGACCAACUUCAUCUCAUCUCACACUUCCAAGAGUGUUCGAGUAGUUGGGCUGUCCACGGCUCUGGCCAACGCUCGAGACCUGGCUGACUGGUUGGGCAUCGGACAGGUGGGUUUGUUUAACUUCCGUCCGUCUGUGCGCCCGGUCCCACUUGAAGUUCACAUCCACGGUUUUCCAGGACAGCACUACUGCCCCCGCAUGGCCAGCAUGAACAAGCCCACCUUCCAAGCGAUACGCGCUCACUCUCCAGCCAAGCCUGUGCUCAUUUUUGUGUCAUCACGAAGGCAAACUCGCCUGACCGCCCUGGACCUCAUCGCCUACCUGGCUACAGAGGACAACCCCAAACAGUGGCUGCACCAGGAUGAGAGAGAGAUAGAGGACAUCAUUGGCACAGUUCGAGAUUCCAACCUGAAGCUGACACUGGCCUUUGGGAUCGGCAUGCAUCAUGCAGGCCUCCAUGAGAGAGACAGAAAGACUGUAGAGGAGCUGUUUGUCAACUGUAAGAUUCAGGUUCUGAUUGCUACCAGCACUCUGGCCUGGGGAGUGAACUUCCCCGCUCACCUGGUUGUCGUCAAGGGAACCGAGUACUACGAUGGCAAAUCCAGGCGCUAUGUGGACUACCCCAUCACAGACGUGCUGCAGAUGAUGGGGCGAGCAGGCCGUCCUCAGUUUGAUGACCAGGGCAAAGCAGUGAUCCUUGUCCACGACAUAAAGAAGGAUUUCUACAAGAAGUUUCUGUACGAGCCGUUUCCUGUAGAGUCCAGCCUCCUCGGCGUGCUCUCUGAUCAUCUGAAUGCUGAGAUUGCUGCAGGAACCAUCUCAUCCAAGCAGGACGCCAUGGACUACAUCACCUGGACCUACUUCUUCAGACGGCUGAUGAUGAAUCCCAGUUAUUACAGCCUAGAGGACAUCAGCCACGAGUCUAUUAACAGGUAUCUGUCCAACCUGGUGGAGAGAAGCCUGCGUGACCUCGAGGGCUCCUACUGCAUUGAAAUUAAAGAGGACGAUCAGUCGACGGAGCCUCUUACCUACGGUCGCAUUGCCUCCUAUUACUACCUGAAGCACCAGACCAUCCGCACGUUCAAGGAGCGCCUCAGGGCGGAGCUACCCAUACACGAGCUGCUCUCUGUGCUCACG